AUGCCUAAGGUGGAAUAUCUGGGUCAUAAGGUCUCCCACAAUGGACAGGAGGCGAAUCCGAAAGAUCUGUCGGCAUUGACGGAUCUAGCAUUCCCGGGAUCACUUAGAGCCAUGCAGUCAUUUUUGGGAAGUCUGAACUAUUACAGCCGAUUUAUCGAAGACUACGCGAUCUAUGCGUCAGUUCUGUAUGAACUGCAAGAAAUCGACUUUGCUGCGAUGAUGAAGGAGGCUACCCAAGUGCGGAUCCAACAAGUGUUGGAGACGGAGAACGUGGAUCAAGGAUCGCCGGAAGAUCAGGUGGUCGACCACCGAAAGACUUUGGAUCUGGAUGCGUCAGAUCUUACUGAGGUGGAUCCGCGUUGGAUCCAUGCCCAUCCGCUCUUCAGUGUACUUAAAGCCAAUCUCGCUGCUACUCCGAUCUUACGGCACUUUGAUCCAGAUCGGAGAGCCGCGGUCGUGGUGUAUGCUAGCGAUUGGGCCAUUUCGGGAUCAUUGAUUCAGGAAUACGACCAGAUCUACUCCCCCGUGAUGUUUGCGAGCCGUACUCUGAAGUCGAAUGAGCUGGGUUAUGGCAUCGCGGAGAAAGGGGUAUUAGUCCUCCUGAUGAUCCUGGAUCUUAACUACAACGCACUGGUCGGAUGUCCGAUCCACGUGUUGACCCGACACUCUAUUUGGCGUGGCCCUUCAGAUCCACAGCCCUACAUGGACUGGGCUGCUCUGUUGUCGCCCUGGACUCUUGAGGUCACCAAGUGUGUCAAAGGAGAGGAUGAGAUCUUAGGAGCAUUGGCAGCCAGUAUUACCCCUAGAUCUGAAGUGGAUAAGGCAUUGACCUCUAUUGCCCCGAAAAAGGAGCCAAGACGCAAGAUCCAAGCUCCGGUCCCCACUAUUAGAUGCGAUGAGGAGCUAUACGUCGUUAGUUUCGAUGGAUCUGCUCGCGGCAAAAGAGGUGGAGGCGCCUACAGCGCGAUCUUGUGGAAGCUGCCCGAAUGGAGGGUGUUGAAGGCUAGAUAUGGGUACGCCGAAGGCUUGACGGAUCUGUUGGAAGAUCUGGAUCCACGACGUCUGGUGAUUUGCGGAGACUCGAACCUGGUGAUCCGACAAGUACGAGGUGAGAUCGACUGCAAGGCGCCGGGUUUAACACUGUUGCGCCAGCGGGCUUUGGAUCGACUCCGUGCUUGGCCGGAUCACGAGCUAUUGCAUGUUAAGCGAGAUUGGAAUGGGAGUGCCGACAGCUUAGCAAGUGCCGUACUACAACGACAAUGUGGGAUCGAGGUCGAGACCGAGGAGGAGAUCCAGGAUCUAGUGACCUUGAACCGGUUGGAUGAGAUCCUGAUAGACGAGGAGUCGUGGAUCUCGGGUCUGAAGAAGUAUUUGGUUGGAGAGAUCCGGGAUCUGACACAAGAGGAUGCUAAGGUGUUUGGAUCUAUUGCCAUAAAUUACGAAGUGGAUCAGUCGGAUCUACUCUUCUACUGCCCGACAACUAAGAAGGCAGCGGCGGAUCGAGACAAGUUGAUGCGAUUGGUGAUACCUGGGACGCUUCAACAGGACAUUUUACAUCACUAUCACACGAGCCUACAGGGUGGCCAUCAAGGGAUCGGUCGCACCUAUGAUCGGAUCCGUGAUCAUUUCCACUGGAGAGGGCUGGCGACAUACCCAUUCCAGAUCAUUGUUAUGGAUCACAUACCUUCGCUACCUAGAUCCUUCAAUGGCAACACCGAAUUGUUGAUCUUCGUGGAUCUAUUUUCGGGUAUAUUUGGUGCGAGCGAGGUGAUCCGGCAUGAUCGGGAGCCAGGCUUUAUGUCUGACUUCUUUGAGUCCUUCAACAAGAUCUUGGGUCAACGUCAACGUGCUACUAUGGCUUAUCGACCCCAAGCUAAUGGAUCCGCAGAGCAUUGGGACGAAUACGCUGAACGGCUGACCUUCGUGAUCAAUACCGCAAGAGAUCGGAUCCGAGGUGAAACCCUUAUCUACAUGAUACACGGUUGGGAUCCUAGAUCCACUUUGGAAGCGGUGAUCCCGGUGGGGAGCACUCGCAGACAUGAUCGAGAUCCAAGAAGAUGGCGAUAUCAGAUGCAAAAGUACUACCAACAAUCUCGAGAACAAGUGAACCAACGUUUACGCGAAGCAAUUGUGAAUCGGGCCGACACACACAACGAUCUAAGUCCGGAUCAAGAGUCUGGUUGUACCUGGAUCGAUGAGGUUGGAGAUCGCAGGAUCAACAUACAGCAUCUUCCCGGUAGUGCAUGUGUCAAACUGGUCAAGAUAUUCCCAAAUCGACCAGUAGCUCGCCUAGAACAGUCAGAAGGAGAUCGGGUGGAUUUCGAUGAAGUUCUCUACCUGAAGGCAGCUGGAUCUAGGAUCGAGAUCCAGAUGAAUACGAAGUGGAGCGAAUUUCCGAUAUGA